AUGUCCGAGAACGAGCAACAGCAAGGUGACACCAGCGAGUCCCGUCAUACAGAUUAUGACAUUUCCAAGGCGAUACAGUCGACCCACGGUCUGCGCCAAGGCCUGACAUCAUACGGAGAUGCACACUUUUCCUUGUUCCUUCGCAAGGUCUUUAUCAAGGCGCUUGGGUACAGCGAAGAUGCAUUGAGCCGACCUAUUAUCGGUGUUAUCAAUACGUAUUCGGGAUUCAAUCCGUGCCAUGCCAAUGUCCCCCAAUUGAUAGAUGCUGUCAAGCGUGGUGUUCAGCUCUCUGGUGGCCUUGCUAUCGACUUUCCGACGAUCAGUAUACACGAGUCGUUUUCAUCGCCCACCAGCAUGUUCCUGCGUAACCUCAUGAGUAUGGACACGGAGGAGAUGAUCAAGGCGCAACCUUGCGAUUCUGUUAUCCUCAUUGGCGGCUGUGACAAGACGACACCUGCCCAGCUCAUGGGAGCUCUGUCCGCCAACAAGCCAGCUGUGCACCUCGUAACGGGGCCAAUGAUGCCCGGCAGCCACCGCGGAGUUCGCGUCGGCGCCUGCACCGAUUGCCGCAAUAACUGGGCAGCAUUCCGGGCUGGCAAGAUUGACAUUGAAGAUAUUUCAGCGAUCAAUGAUGAGCUGGCACCAACAGCCGGUACUUGUGGCGUUAUGGGCACCGCCAGUACUAUGGCUUGCAUCCUCGUUGCCCUGGGUCUCAUGCCAUUCGCUGGCGCCUCAGCACCGGCCGUCUCGUCGUCGCGACUACGCAUAGCCGAGGAAACCGGUCGCAUUGCAGUGCAGCUGGCCACUAACAAAAAGCUAAAUCCACAAUCGCUACUUUCGCGAGAUUCUUUUCUAAAUGCCAUCACCGUAUUGCAGGCUAUUGGUGGCUCGACCAAUGCUGUUGUACAUUUAAUGGCUAUAAUUGGUCGUCACCCCAACGUUGCAGGCACUAUUACACUGGAUACAAUCGACGAGAUCGGCCGCAAAACACCAUUGCUAGUCGACCUCAAGCCGAGCGGCGAUAACUACAUGACUGAUUUCCAUAACUCUGGAGGCAUGUUGUCGCUUUUAUACAAGCUUAAGCCGCUAUUGCACCUUGGUGCUUUAACAUAUACUGGUUCUACGUUGGGCGAAGAGAUGGCUCGGUUUGCGCCGAUGAAGAUUCCCCAACAGCUCAGCCACAUCCAACCUUUUGAUAACCCGUUGUAUCCAGCCUCAUCAUUGGUAGUAUUACGUGGUAAUCUAGCACCGAAUGGUGCUAUUAUGAAGGCGAGCGCAUCCAAAGACCGCCGCCUUUUACAACACAAGGGCCAGGCCGUUGUAUUUCGGAAUUCAGAAGAUAUGGCGCGGCGGCUGGAUGACCCAGCACUGCCCGUGACAGCCGACAGUGUACUCGUUUUACAGCAUAUCGGUCCUAAAGGGAACCCUGGUAUGCCCGAGGCUGGUCUCACUCCUAUCCCGACCAAGCUUGCUUCGCAAGGAGUUAUGGAUAUGCUACGAUUAUCGGAUGGUCGUAUGAGCGGUACUGCUGGCGGCACCAUUGUCUUGCACAUCUCCCCCGAAUCGGCCCAUCCCACCUCGGUCUUGGGAAUUGUUCGUGAUGGCGAUACUAUCAUUUGCGAUGUGGCGAAUCGCAUACUACGGGUCGAGAUUUCCGACGUUGAGAUUGCAGCUCGUCAAAAACAGAGAAUGGAGACUCCCGAGGACGCUGCCGGUCUAAUCAUGCCCGAUGGACCUGUUGCUACAGAGAGAGGCUACCGCGGAUUGUACAAACGAACUGUGUUGCAGGCUGACAAGGGUGCUGACUUUGACUUCUUGACUGCGCAGGGUCCUGAACCCCAGAGGCAACGGGAUUAG